CGCGGAUAGCCAAACCAACACAGUGACGGCCCAGAUUUCUCUUUCACUCUUAGCUCAUCCAUGGUGUUCAAGCAGGAUGCCAGAUGUGGUCUCUACAUUUUAACUUCAUUAGCAGCCGUUGAUGGCCUUGAAUGAAUGGAAGGCAAUAAUAUCAGAAUCAUCUUGGUGGUAUCUUGUUUUGGUGACCACAUUCAAAUCCACCAUACUCUCUGUUCUACCUACUGCAAUUUCAUCUACCGCUAGCGAAUGAAUGGCAAGUGGAAAAUGGACGGGAAGACAUUGAUCAAAGUUGAGAAGGGAAAAAACAAGAGAGAGCGGUAAAAAUUGAAAUCCGGAAUCUACAGACGGCCGUUGGUGGCCGAGUCCGCCGGGCCGGCUUUCGCUGCCAUGAGUCCUUGUCGUCUCAGCCAGUCGUCAGCCUGCACCCUUCCACCGGCUGCAGUGUAGUGUCAGAAGAAGAGACAGGGAGAGGGUACAGUUGUCUCUCAAGUCUCAACAAGGUGGUGGUGGAGCUCGCUUCUUCCCUCAUUGCACCUUCUUCCUUUUUCUUCCUUCCCCUUCUCUCCACCAUUUGAGAGAGGAGUUUGCGUGUUUACACGACCUCUGAAGACAAUGGUGCUUUGGAUUCUGUAUCUCAAUCAUCAAUAGAACAAACCUCUAACAUUUUAGUUCCUCCAAUCAUCUGCUUGUGCCUUUCCGGCUUAAAAGUGCCUAAAUAGUUCAUAUGAUAAUGAUGUUUUUGUUCCUGUCUCUGCCUAUACGUUGUGAUCCCCAGUGCUGCAGUAUUCCCUGAUGGGAUGGCGUUCUUAGCUUCUAAACACAAAAUGCACAUGAGAGUUUUGAAGGUUCUUUCCAGCUGAGCUGGUGGGUACUGGUGAGGGUUUGGGUUUCGUUGCUCUUUUCUUCGUGCAAGAAUGAAGAUGAUCCAUUCUUACACUCUCAGUUGCUCACCAAAUCUUGUUGGUGGUACGCUGAUGAGACAGAGAACCCAUUAUGCAACAAAAGGCCCUUGCGCUAUAAAAUCGUCCAUUCUUCUGCAAAAGGAUGAAGAUGGUAAGCUAACGGCCUCAUCAGACAGCUUCCCUCCAUCGACGGGUAAUGCUGCAGCUGCUUCUCUCUCUGUACUUGGUCACUCGAAUGCCGUCGGAAUCAUCGGCGGGGUUUCUGCGGCUUCUACUCUGAGUUUCUUGCAGAAGCUGGUAGAUUGGAGCUCAAGAGAGGGACGGGAGAGCCUUCCUUUUAUCGUGUGUAACGAUCCGACCCUGAACAGGGAGCUUUCUUCCUGCGAGAGGAAUUUGGGGAAGUCUUGUUUCCUUCCGGAGUACGACGUUGUUUUGGAGAAUUUACUUCAGAAGAGGAAAUUUCUCGAGCGAUCCGGUGCUCGUUGCAUCAUUACACCCUUCCAUAUCUCAAACCUGUGGUAUGAAAAGAUUUCUGAAGGUUGCACUGUUCCUCUGUUUCAUGUGGGAGAGUGCAUGGCCUCGGAGCUCAAGGAGGCCGAUUUGAAGCCUAUAGAGGCCGGGAGCAAUUGCAAAAUCGGUAUCCUUGCCACUGAAGCGACUCUAAAGGCUGAGAUUUAUCAGGAGAAACUCCAGAAUCAGGGCUUUGAGGUAGUGCUGCCAGACAAAGCAACCAUGGAGCACACGGUUCUUCCUGCAAUGGAAGCUCUCAACAGGAAGGACACGGAAGGUGCUCGAACCCUCCUCAGGAUCGCACUGCAGUUCCUUCUGUUGCGGGCUGUCAGUACUGUCAUUCUUGCGUCAGAAGAUCUGCAAAAGGUUCUGCCUCAUGGUGACCCACUGCUGAAGAAAUGCGUUUAUCCAAUGGACGCCUUGGCGCGGGCUACCAUCAAAUGGGCUUAUUCACGGGAACACAGUUAGAACAAUUUGUGCAUAAUACCUGCAAUCUUUAAUCUUUAUUCAUUUCUUGAUGCUUAGUCUGCUGUUGUAAUUAAAUGCCUGUUUGCUUGUGCAUGCCAUAUUUGAGAGCUAUUGUCAGUUAUCACCAGCAAUGUUUUCCAGAA